ACAGCGAGGCGAUAACCUCGAGUAGCUCGUAAAUAAUAGCAGGUGAGAACACAAAUAACUCACAUUCGCAAUCAGUCAGCCCGACACCUACGACAUGAACUGGGCUACCAUAAUAGUUGCAAUUAUCCUGCUGCUGCCAGCCAGCCAGCAAAGCUUUAUUAGAUCCGAAGGUUUGGAACUCAAAGUGCUGUCGUACAAUCCCACAUACGAUUUCUGGUUUUUCAUGCCAACUGGCAGACCCAAGGUGGUUACUCAGAAUGUACAGAAUGCGUAUUGGGCUGCUCGGACAAAAGGAGGUGUUUGCUUCACAGAUCUGUGGUUCUACUGUGCAACUGGCGUCAAAAUAGAGGAGUAAAUAUCAUGGCAACAAGGGAACACAAACCAUGUCUAUUUGAAGAUUUGUUGCACACAAACGUUUAUUAAAACAAGAAAAUAAAUAAUCUGCGUAACGUUUACACAAAAACCCUAAUCAUAACUAUGUGCUUUAUCGGGAAUGUUAACGUCCAAGUCGUAAAAAUGUAAAACAUUUGUGUUAUCUUAUUUACGUUGAAAAGUAAACUUUUACAUAAGAAACCAAA